AUGAGCAGACUGGCGGUGAUCUGCCUCUUGGCAGCAUGCAUCGCCUGUCACUGCGUAGUCAGUGGGCGCGAAAUCACGAGAGGUCAUUACGACGACCUGCAGGUGGCCGCUUCCCACCAUGGUCAUCAUCACGAGAGCGGCCACGGCGGGGAGCAUCAUUCCGAUCAUCACCACGAACACGGUGGGAAAGGCGACAAGGGUUACAAGUCGGAGCAUCAUCACGAAAAGGGGGAGAAGGGACACCACGACAAGGAGGGCCAUUCCGGGCAUCAUCACGAGGACGGAGGUCACAAGAAGCAUCAUCAUCACGAUGACGGUUACUACAGUGAGCAUCACAAAGGCGAAAAGGGCGAGAAAGGUCACAAGUUCCACGAGAAGGGACAUUUCGGCAAAGGUCACAAGACGAAGGGGCAUCAUGAGGUGCACAAACUCGACGAAUUCAAAAAGGAUAAGGAGUUCUUUGACGAGCAUCACGACCACGGUCAUCACGAGGAGCACGGUGGUCACCAUCACGAGCACGGUCACAAAAAGGGCGGGCAUUUUAAGAAGGGCCAUCACGAUCAUCAUCAUCACGAGGAUCAUUACGGCAAGAAGGGUCAUCACGAGAAAGGGCAUCAUCAUCAUGAGCACAAGGGUCACAAAGGCCAUGGCGGUCACGACGAGCAUCAUCAUCAUCACUCCCAUCACGGCAAGAAGGGCGGUCACGAAGAUCAUAAGCAUUGGGGAUUCAAAAAGGGACAUUGA